AUGGGCCGUUUAAAUCGAUCUCGUAAGCGUCGCGAUGAAAUGAACAAAAUAAAAAAGGCUCGCUACGAGAAAAAAGAGCUUAUUCGUUUAAAAAAGACGCUUGGUUUGAUAGACGCCGAUGGUAAUGAGAUUAUAAAAGAUAUAACCGAUGUGGCAGAAGUUAAAACUUCAAAGGAACUGAAACGGGAAGCCAAGAGCAAAGAGGAGCAGGAACUUAUCUAUGAACACGAGGAAAAUCAAGAGCAGGGUCAACAAGUGGCAACGUUAAACGAGAACACGGGCAAGGAGCACGUAUACAAUAGCAAAACGCUUAAGGAUCAGUAUGGUAACUAUCCUCCGUGGUUCAAAAAUCGUAAGACGGCCAAGCGUCUUCGCAAAAAGCAGCACUCACAGAAGAAGAACUUCAAGCAGGCUUGGACAACUGUUAAUGUUCCCCUUUAGAUUCUGAAAGGACAUCGUUUUUAGUAUAAGAUAUUUAGUACCAACAUGUAACGCGAUUACAUAUAACGAUAUGGUCAUGUUAACGCCGAGUUUAUUGCAUUAAAGCCUUAUUAACUAGAAGCCAA